AUGAAGCCAUUUCCAGCCCAUGAGCCGCAUGUACGCAUCGGAAACUGCGUCGCUCGCGGUCCUUCCAACGAGCCAUGCCUCGCGCCUUUGAGAGCUCCGCUCGCUUGGAGGAGGGGGGUCGAGGGUGUCAUCGAGGAGUGUUGUCAGUUUGGCUUCCGCGCCGUUGAAAGUCAAACGCCACCCGAGUUUCCACGUGUCCGCGGUGCUCCUCCCGCCGGUCUCGACUCCUUUCUCGCGGCAGGCCAAACAACACCUUCGUCGACGGUGGUACUGUUGUAUGCCUGCCCCAGCACCACCCAUCCAUACCGCAGCACCGGCCAAGGCGACCAACCCCACCUCGCGACCACACCUCCAGUGCGCGAUUGCAUCCCGGGUUUGCAAAGCUCAAUAUCCCGUCCACUCGGAGCGAAGCACACCAGGGAGAUCCUCGCGAUCUGGUCGAUACCACCAGCGAUACUGGCGGCCUCUGGCGUGAUAUUCCGGGGCGAGAAUGACCAGAGUGGCGGCGAUACAUGUGAGUGCAACGACGGUGAUGGUGUGGGUGCCGUCACGAUUACCACGGUGAUUAAGGGCCUCCAUCACGUAAGAAUCACACUGCCCAUGAAUGGACAUUUAUCCGUCCCUCACAAGGAUCAGGGAUCUAAGGCCGGAUUCCCCAACCGAAGCCAGAUUGUAUUCUUCACUUCUGCCGGAUCCAGCAAGGACCCUGCGGCAUGCGUGCAAACACGGCAAUCGGAAAUCAAAGCAACAACCAAUACGGCCGUGUGA